AUGACUGAAGAACCCAAGUUGGCGUCGUUCACGCCAGACGAGCUUCAAAAGCUGUCGAAACCUUCGUCGGCUGAUAUGCUGUUCUACUAUGAGCGUAUCCUUCCUUUUCGUCAUAUUUUCCAGUGGUUGAACCACCUGCCAAAGCCAUCCAAGGAUUUCACCAUGCGUGAGUUCGCUUACGAGUACCGUUCUGGUGCCUACCAAAGAUACAACUCCUUCAACUCUCCAGAAGAGUUCAAGAAGCUGGUUGUGACGGCCAACCCUACAAGAUUCGAGGUCGGUGCUGUCUACGCUGUGAACCCAAAGGAAAGAAAGAACUUGCUCAAGAGCGCCAUGAAACCACUCUCGAAGGAACUUGUUUUUGAUAUCGAUUUAACUGAUUACGAUGAGAUCCGUACCUGCUGCUCUGGAACAGCCAUUUGCACAAAGUGCUGGAAGUUCAUCAAGGUGGCUUCCCAGGUACUCACACACUCCUUGAAGGAAGAUUUCGGGUUCGAUCACUUUGUGUGGGUCUUUUCCGGUAGAAGAGGUGCCCAUUGCUGGGUCAGUGACGCAAAAGCGCGUACAUUGGAUGAGUCUGCAAGAAAGUCGAUCGUUGAAUACUUGGAUGUCUUGGGAGGAAGGUCCUCGAAAAUGGGCAAGACAUCGUUGUCGUUGAAAAAGCCAUUCCAUCCACACGUUGAGCGUUCGUUCGACAUUCUCAAGACAUUCUUCCAAGAGAUUGUUUUGGAGGAUCAAAACCCAUGGGAAACGUCAGCUUCUUCGGAUGAAAAAGCAUGGGGCAAGGUUGAUGAACUCUUGAGCUUUAUCCCUGACCAGGCACUCCGAGCCGCUCUCAAGUCAAAAUGGAAGGAGUCAUCGAGCUACUCCAGCUCAAAGGCCAAAUGGGACGACAUUAAUACUGUCGCUCAGAAGAUUCUCAAGCACCAGUCACAAGUUUCUCAGUUGAACGAUGCAAAGAAGGAAAUCAUUAUUUAUUUCAUGUAUCCAAGAUUGGAUAUUGAGGUGUCGAAGCAAUUGAUCCAUUUGUUGAAGUCGCCAUUCUGUAUCCACCCAGGAACUGGUAACAUUUGUGUUCCCUUCGACCCUACGAAAAACUUGAGCGCAAACUCGGAAGAUGACCAUUACGGAUUCAACCCAAUGACCGCACCAAACUUGUCCCAACUUCAAGAUGAAAUAGACACAUGGGAGGCUAAGAGGGUGAAUAGAGACUCAAGCCAACCAUUGCUGGAUUCCGAAGACCAGAACGCUGCAUCAACAAGAGUUCCAGAUUACGAGAAGACAAGCUUGAAACCAUACGUUCAAUACUUCUCCAGUUUCGUCAAUGGUCUUCUUAAGGAGGAGUUGAAGAGCUCGAAGAGAGAAAGAGAGGAGGACCCUCUAGAGUUUUAG